CGGGCGGGAGGAUGGAGCAGGGGCUGUCCGCCAUCACCCUCUACUGCGCGCCCGCCACCGGCCCCGCGGCCGCCGCCUGCGCCAUGGAGCCCGAGCAGCAACUUACAAAUGGAGAUAGAGGCUUUGAGAAUGUGGAGCUGGGUGUCAUAGGAAAGAAGAAGAAAGUUCCAAGGAGGGUUAUUCACUUUGCAAGUGGAGAAACAAUGGAAGAAUAUAGCACAGAUGAAGAGGAAGAUGAACAAGAGAAAAAAGACCUGUUGCCUCCUGUAGAUCCUACAACGCUCACAUGGGGACCCUACUUAUGGUUUCAUAUGCUGAGAGUUGCCACCUCAACCUUAUCAGUGUGUGAUUUUCUUGGGGAAAAGAUUGCAUCUGUUCUGGGGAUAAGCACUCCAAAAUACCAAUAUGCCAUCGAUGAGUAUUACAGAAUGAAGAAAGAGGAAGAAGAGGAGGAACAGGAAAACAGGAUGUCAGAAGAAGCAGAAAGACAGCAUCAGGAGCAGCAGGACAAGCCACAGGCUGAGGCUCCUGUCCAAACAGACCAGCCUGAAGCAACAAGUACUUCCUUCGUGAAUGUAAACUUUGAAAAUGAGGGAGAUUGCCAGUCUGUUGUGGAAAAUAAGCAAGAUGUAGCUUCUACUUAAGUGAAAAGCUCUGUGUACUGUAAGAAAUAGGAAGCAUCAGGUGUCACAGUCUGGCUACAAGCAGAAAAAUAGGAUUAUACUUGUUCAGUGUAAUACAACUUUUAGCGUUCUUAUUGAUCAGGAGAGAGCUAAGUGAUGUCUCUUCCUUCUGUCAGCCUAAUAAAGGCUGAGGCAUUCUGCCAAAUUGGCACUUCAGUUAAAAUGUAAAUCGGGCUACAAAUGUUUGGUCUAAAAUUGAAUUUCUUGUAAAGCAAGUAAAACAUUUAAAUUGUUGUCUGGCACUGUGGAUUGCAGAUGUAGUGCUCUUUCCUACUUCUAAACACCUAUUUCUGAUUUGUACACUGUUUGCAACUUGGCUCUCUAUGAAUAGAUUAAUAGGAAUCAAUAUCCUGUAACUCACAAGUCAUAGUAGCUUCUGAAUUCCCCUAUUUGUUGUCACUACUGUGUGCAUGUGUCUUUCUGUUACUGACAUAAGAGAUGUUAGAUUUAAUGUUAAUUAGAUUUAAAGGCCCAAUGAAAUACUUCUAUUAUUACUCUAAACUUUAAAGGAGGCUAUCAACACCCCUGAGUACAUAGGUAAUAAUGCCAGCAUGACUGGAAGCUGAUACUGCUCAGCUGUUCCAUUUAGUGCUAUAAUCAAGUACAGAACUAGCAUCAGCAGAAGAUGCUGUCCCUCUAGAUCCAAGAACUAAUAGUGAGCCACCUGUUCAAAUACUUCUUUACAUGCUUGCUCUGAAUUGGCAGGGAGAGUAAACUCAAGUCUUGCUAAAUUAUAGUGAAUGGGACAUUGUGUAUGGUAACAACUUGUAACUACACUUUUUUUUUUCUUCCUUUUUGUUAUAAGAUACCUGAAUCAGUGUACCUAAUUAAGCUGAACAGGCAGCUUGUUUAAUGUUAUAAGGAAUGUGCUAUUGCAGGUAUCUCUUUCUCCCUAGUGCAGAAUUCAUAAAUAACUGGAAAUUUUAAAAUCAGGCUUAUGAAUCUUCUUUUAAAUUAAAAAAAAAAAGAAAAAAAACUCGUUUCAGUAUUGAAACAACUCAUUCUUUUUUAAGUGAAAUGCAGCUUCACUCCAGUUUUAACUACCCCCAAUUACCAAUCAAAGCUAUUUAUUGCAAUGACUGUGAUCCUAGCUCUAAAUUGCAAAACGUGAAUGGUUUACGUUGGGACAAUCAGGAGUCACUGCUGCAGGCAGGGAAAUAAGUAGCUGUCCCAAUCACUUCCUUUGCAGAAUAGUUACAGAUAGAUUAGCAGAAAACUUAUAAUAUGUAGUAACCAUUUGAAUAAUUGUUUCUGUCCUUGAGAAUGCAAAAAUUUCAAGAACCUUCAGUGAAUUUUUCUGUUAGAUGUCAUCAUGUUUC